GCAGAGGACAAGAGGCUUGCGAACCCGAGAAAAGAUUUUGCCGUGUGUGGGACGCAGCUGCUUGUGUACGAGGGAGCCGGAGAUUUGCCGGGCUCCAACGACAUGACGUCGUCUUCUGCAGUAUCGGUGCUGCUGUUGGCGGCUGAGAGGAACCGAUGGCAGCGUCUCCCGAGCCUGCUGCUGCCGCCGAGGAGGUGGGCUUGGAAGCAAAGAACCAUGAAGUAUGGAACCACCACAGGAAAAAACAUUACCAAGAUCCUCAUUGCAAACAGAGGAGAAAUUGCCUGCAGGGUGAUGCGAACAGCCAAAAAAAUGGGUGUACAGUCAGUGGCUGUUUAUAGUGAGGCCGACAGAAACUCCAUACAUGUAGACAUGGCAGAUGAAGCAUAUUGCAUUGGCCCCACUCCUGCACAGCAGAGCUACCUUUCUAUGGAGAAAAUCAUUCAAGUGGCCAAGAUUUCCACUGCACAGGCUAUCCAUCCAGGAUAUGGUUUUCUUUCAGAAAACACAGAAUUUGCCGAACUGUGUAAGCAAGAGGGAAUUAUUUUUAUUGGUCCUCCUUCAUCUGCAAUUAGAGACAUGGGUAUAAAGAGCACGUCCAAAUCCAUCAUGGCCGCUGCGGGUGUACCCGUGGUGGAAGGCUAUCACGGUGAGGACCAGUCAGACCAGGGCCUGAAAGAGCACGCUGGGAGGAUUGGCUAUCCUGUCAUGAUUAAAGCUGUCCGAGGUGGAGGCGGAAAAGGCAUGAGGAUAGUUUUAUCGGAAAAAGAAUUUCAAGAACAGUUAGAAUCAGCACGGAGAGAAGCUAAGAAGUCGUUCAACGAUGAUGCUAUGCUGAUCGAGAAGUUUGUGGACAUGCCAAGGCAUGUGGAGGUCCAGGUGUUUGGGGAUCACCACGGCAAUGCCGUAUACUUGUUUGAAAGGGACUGCAGUGUACAGAGGAGACAUCAGAAGAUCAUUGAGGAGGCCCCAGGGCCUGGAAUUGAACCUGAAGUAAGGAGAAAGCUUGGAGAAGCUGCAGUCAGAGCUGCUAAAGCUGUAAAUUAUGUGGGAGCAGGAACUGUGGAGUUUAUUAUGGACUCGAAGCACAAUUUCUACUUCAUGGAGAUGAAUACAAGGCUGCAAGUGGAACAUCCUGUUACUGAGAUGAUCACAGGAACUGACUUGGUGGAGUGGCAGCUUAGGAUUGCAGCAGGAGAGAAGAUUCCUCUGAGCCAGGAAGAGAUAACUCUGCAGGGCCAUGCCUUUGAAGCUAGAAUAUAUGCAGAAGAUCCUGACAAUAAUUUCAUGCCGGGAGCUGGCCCAUUAGUGCAUCUCUCUACCCCUCAAGCAGACCUUUCCACCAGGAUUGAAACUGGAGUCCGGCAAGGAGAUAACGUUUCAGUGCAUUAUGACCCCAUGAUUGCGAAGCUGGUUGUAUGGGGUGCAGAUCGCCAGGUGGCCUUGAAGAAACUGAGGUCCAGCCUCCGUCAAUACAAUAUCGUUGGACUGCACACCAACAUUGACUUCUUACUCAGCGUAUCUGGCCACCCCAUGUUUGAGGCUGGGAAUGUGCACACGGAUUUCAUCCCUCACCACCACAAAGAACUGUUUCCCUCUCGGAAGGCCACCACCAAAGAGCGUUUGUGCCAGGCAGCUCUGGGUCUCAUCCUCAAGGAGAAAGCUAUGACCAAUGCUUUUAAACUUCAGACUGCAGAUCAAUUCUCUCCAUUUGCAUCCAGCAGUGGGAGACGACUGAAUAUCUAUCACACUAGAAAUAUGACUCUUAGAGAUGGUAAAAAUGAUGUAGCCAUAGCUGUAACGUAUAACCACGAUGGGUCAUACAGCAUGCAGAUUGAAGAUAAAACUUUCCAAGUCCUUGGUGAACUUUUCAGUGAGGGAGGCUGCACUUACCUGAAAUGUUCUGUUGAUGGAGUUGCUAGUAAAGCUAAGCUAAUUAUCCUGGAAAACACUAUUUAUCUAUUUUCCAUGGAGGGAAGUGUGCAGAUUGACAUUCCAGUACCCAAAUAUUUGUCUUUGGUGAGUUCUGAUGGAAAUCAAGGAGGUGCCAUAGCUCCUAUGACUGGAACCAUUGAAAAGGUGUUUGUCAAAUCUGGAGACAAAGUAAAAGCUGGAGAUUCUCUAAUGGUUAUGAUCGCUAUGAAGAUGGAGCAUACCAUAAAGGCUCCAAAGGAUGGCACAAUAAAGAAAGUUUUCUACAAAGAAGGUUCUCAAGCCAACAGACAUGACACUUUAGUCGAGUUUGAGGAGGAAGAAUCUGACAAAAGGAAAUCAGAAUAAACUCCCUCAACGAAAUGGUCAAUGAAACAGUAUUUUAUCCCUAUGUAGAAACAGAAAGUGCCUUCCUGCUUUUCCCCAGGUCUAAUCAGCAGCAGUGUUACUGAUAUGAUUGUGCUAAAACCCUUUCAUAUUUGAGAAUCAUGCACUUGGGCCACAAAUAUAAGAAAUUAUCUCAAAAUACUUCAUAUUAAUAAAAUUAAGUAUACUUUUUUAUUGGAAGCUAAUGUGCUUUGUUUCUGCUUCAAAUUUUCUGCAGUGUAGUAUUUUUUAGGAAGAGGGACAGCAACUUGGUCAAAAGAAAACGAUUAGAAGAAGAAAGGUUGUUUAGCUAAAUGAAUUAUUUCCUAGUUACAGUCAUGCUAAAAAUGGACAGGAGCAUAUUUUGGAGACAGACGCCAUAGAGCUGAACUGAACCAAGGUUUUGUAAUCACCGAGGAGUAACUUAUUAAAGACACGAAUAUGGUUUGUUUCUUGUCUUUAUGACUGGAAAGUUUCCAUCUAGAUUGCCUUUACCUUUAUCAUACUUUCUAAGCUUGUGUGAAACAUGUGUUUGUAAAUACAUAAACAUAUGUUUUUAUGUACAUGUAUUACAUGUAAUGUAGCAUUUGUAUUUAGAAUAUAUUAUUUAUAUUAAAUUUGAAUAAAUUUGAAAGACAUAAUUUUAUAGAGACAGUAGUUAAGGGUAGAAAACCUGAAUCUAUUGAAUACUUUUUUCUAGAAACACUUUUUUCAUGAAGAAAAAAACACUUUCAAUUUUACUUCUUUACUUUUGUCUAAAUUCUGUUUGUCACUAUUACUAAAAGAUGUGCAGCCUUCUGCAUUUUCAUGCAUUCAGUGAGGUGUUAAAUCUUCACUGAAUUGAAUUCUUUCUGAAUACAUAAGACUAUGUUAAAUGUUGUGGAGAGUACAAAGAAAUGUAAGUCAUGAUCUCUUCACUUUAAGAUGUUUAUUUAAUUUGGGAGAUAAGAUAUAGUCAUUCAAAAAUUAUAUUUUGCAUAAGACAGACAAAUAGAUCAAUGGAAUAGAACUGAGAGUUCAGAAAUGAACUCCCAUAUAUGGCCAAUUUAUUCCAGACAAGUGUGCCAAGUCCACUCAAUGUGGAAAGACUAGUCUCUUCAACAAAUGGUGCUGGAAAAACUGGAUAUUCACAUCAAAAGAAUGGAAUUAGAUUCCUACCUCACACCAUAUACAAAAAUCAAUUCAAAAUGGAUCAACAACCCAAAUAUAAGAGCUAAAACCAUAAAUCUCUUAGAAUAAAACGGAAAAUUCUUCAAGACCUUGUAUUAGGCAAUGGAUCCUUAGGUGUGACACCAAAAACAUGACUGAAAAAAAAAAUAGAUACAUUUGACUUCAUCAAAAUGGAAAAUUUUUGUGCAUCAAAAGACAUUACCAGGAAAGUGAACAGA